CCGCAGUCGUGGGUGCCUUACGCGCAGCUGAUGCGGCUUGAGAAGCCCAUCGGCACCUGGCUGCUGGCCUGGCCCUGCCUCUGGUCCAUCUGCCUGGCGGCGCCCCCAGGCACCUCCCCAGACCUGCGCCUCAUGGCGCUGUUUGGGCUGGGGGCCGUGCUGCUGCGCGGCGCGGGCUGCACCAUCAACGAUCUGUGGGACAGGGAGCUCGACCGGCGGGUGGAGCGCACGCGCGGGCGCCCGCUGGCGGCAGGUGCCGUGACGCCCGCGCAGGCCGUCGCCUUCCUGGCGGCCCAACUGUCGGCGGGGCUGGCCAUCCUGGUGCAGCUCAACCCGUACAGCCAGUUGCUGGGCGCCUCCUCGCUGGCCCUGGUGGCUGCCUACCCACUCAUGAAGCGCGUCACCGGGUGGCCUCAGGCCUUCCUGGGCCUGACUUUCAACUGGGGGGCGCUGCUGGGCUGGGCCGCGGUGCACGGCAGCUGCCAGUGGGGCGUGGUACUGCCGCUGUAUGCGUCGGGCGUGUGCUGGACGCUGGUGUAUGACACCAUCUAUGCGCACCAGGACAAGAGCGACGACGUGAAGGCAGGCAUCCGCUCCACAGCCCUCACCUUUGGCCCGCGCACCAAGCACUACUGCGCCGCCUUUGGCGCGGGCGCGAUCGCCCUGCUGGCGCUGACGGGGCAGGCGGCCGGGUGCGGCCCGGCGUUCUAUGCCGGGGUGACGGCGGCGGCGGGCCACCUGGCCUGGCAGGUGACUACCGUGGAUCUGGACAGUGGCCCAGAUUGCCAGGCCAAGUUUGUGAGCAACGCCGGCUACGGCGCCCUCGUGUUUGCCGGCAUCCUGGCCGACAGGCUG